GUGUGUCGGUGCUGCUCGGGCGGCUGGGGCCUAACGUGCGCUCAGAGAGGACGCCCCCUCCCCAUCCCCCGAUUUGCUGCAUAUUCCUCGGGUUUCUCCUCUCGACGUGUCCUGCACCGCCGCCACUGCUGCUUCUGCUCUUCCAAAGCUCUUUACCACCCCACCUCCCUGUGCGGGUGUCUGGGAGUCGGGGGCCCUCGGGGGUGGAGGGGAAUCGUGCUUCGCUGGGGGAGCUGUGCGGAAUUAGCUAUGCCCUACCCGAGCAUCCUUUGACCGGCUGGAUUUCUCCAUUUCUGCGCACCAGGGGGGGGCGCCACGUAGGAUGAAAAGCAGCAGUCAUGAUGCAAGGACUCAAAAACAGAACCAGAAAAGCCCUGGGCUUAAAGAAGAAGGACAGGGAUACGGAUGGAACGGGUUCACCUGACAAAGAAGGAAGCGGAAGCGGAAAAAAAGGAAGUAAAAAAGCCAAUGGAGCACCCAAUGGUUUCUAUGGGGAGAUUGACUGGGACAGAUAUGCCUCUCCUGACGUGGACGACGAGGGCUUUAGUCUCCGGCCCGGGGACGAGGGCGAUGCAGCUUCCAGAGGAAAGCACUUUUUCUCCUCCAGCGACUCGGAGGACGAUGAGGAGAACAAGAAGAAGUUCAAAAUCAGGAUCAAGCCGCUGGUGGCGGACAGUGCCAAGUGUGUCCCCUCGUCUAUGGACGAGCUGAAAGCCUCGGUGGGGGGCCUGGCCCUCUCUCCGUCUCUGAAGAGAAGUCCGAGACGCAGCCCGGGGCAGAUGAAAAGGAAUUUGUCCUGUGAAGAGAUUGCCAGACCCAGACGCUCCACCCCAACACCAAGUCCCGCCCCGGAGACGCAGAGUGACAGGCUCUCGCAGAACGUUCCUGCUUUCUUUGGCCCGCCUUCAGAGACCAGAUAUGCCAGAUAUGAUGUGGUCCCUGCAGAUGCGUGGGGAGAAUCGGGACGGCACUCAGAAUCCCCGCUGAGCAGAAGCUUCCCAACAGGAGCUCCUCCUCCGCUUCCUCCAAAAAACAUUCCAUCCAGAAGUCAUUACGGCUAUUCUUCGGACUCUGCUGCUGAUCUACCCAAUGGCAGGGCAGGUCGCAGUUCUGCCCCCAUCUACCUGAACGUGCUGUCCCCCGCCUCGUACCGCGGCCCCCCGGUCCCCGACCUGGACGAUGUGUUCGGCCCGACGGACGGGACCCGCCCCAGCGAGGAAGCGAUGUCUCCCAGAUGGGUUACAUUCACCAGCGACAGACCCCCGCCUCCAGAUGAGCCCGCCCCCCCUCCGCCUCCGGACUCCCCCCCACCGGACACGCCCUCGUCCACCCCCUCCACCCCUUGCCUCUCUCCAGGACCACCGCCAAACGAGCCGCCUCCUUCGCCUCCCCUCCUCUCUCCCGGGUCUCCUCCUCCUUUCACGCCGCCUGAAUCCCCCCCCUCCAUCAUGCUCAGACCUCCACCCCCAGAUGAGCCGGCCCCUCCCCUGCCUCCCGACUUCUCCCCCUCCACUUCGCCUACGAUGUGUUUCGACGACGAUGCGAUCGACGAGGAGGUGCUGCAGUUUGCAGAGGCAAUUUAUUGUUCGUCCCCGGCCCCCACCAGCCCGGUGCCCCCUCUGCCAGCAGAGCGGUGGUCUCCUCGGACGGGAGUCAUAUCCCCGCUGGUCCUAGGGGGCUUUGGGGGGAAGAAGACUCCAGAGGGAGCGUACCUAAGGGAUGAUAUCUCAGACUUUGUAGGUUCGCCCAGGGAGCUGACGCCGAGCUUCAGGGGCACGCCCCCCCCUCUUCCUCCUACCACCUACAGGUCUAUCAUGUCUUCCCCGGGACCCUCCUCAGGCAGCCGCCCCUCGUCCCCCGCUCGUCCCGCCACGCCUCAGUCUCGAGGAAGCCCGGUCCCCCCGCCUCCUCCUCCUCGACCGUCCUCGCGACCAAAGCUGCCCCCGGGGAAGCCAAUCACAGACCUGUCUCGGCCCUUCAGUCCGCCGGUGUCAUGCAGCCCCCCGCCUUUCGCCCCCCUGGCCCGGGCAGAGAGCUCCUCCUCCAUCUCCUCCGUUAACCUACACAGCGCAGCGUCCACUCCAACCUUAGGAAGGGACCUUAACAUGUCCGGCGCAGGAUGCUCCAGAGGACCCAGUCCGCUCACCAUGGGGCCCCAGGACACUCUACCAGUGGCAGCUGCCUUCACAGAAACCAUCAAUGCCUACUUCAAAGGCGCAGACCCCAGCAAAUGUGUUGUGAAGAUCACAGGGGAGAUGGUGCUUUCCUUCCCAGCGGGCAUCACCAGGCAUUUUGCCAGCCACCCGACUCAACCCAUCCUCACAUUCUGCAUCAGCAACUACAGCCGACUGGAGCAGGUCCUCCCCAACCCUCAGCUGCUGUGCUGUGAUUCCACAACAGAAAGUGUAGACACCAAGGAAUUCUGGGUGAAUAUGCCAAACCUGAUGAGCCAUCUGAAGAGAGUGGCUGAGCAGAAGCCUCAGGCGACAUACUAUAACGUGGACAUGAUCAAAUAUCAGGUGUCUGCAGAGGGGAUCCAGUCCUCUCCUCUGAACCUGGCGGUGAGCUGGCGAGGCGACGCCACCAGCACAGACUUGAGAAUAGACUACAAAUACAACACAGAGGCCAUGGCCGCCCCUGUGCCACUACACAACCUCCAGUUCCUGGUUCCUGUGGAUGGAGGCAUGGCCAAACUCCAGGCCAUGAUCCCCCCCGCCACCUGGCUUGUAAGAAAAACAAAGUUAUCUUCACGAAAUAAAGGUAACACAGGGAAUCCAGAGCAGCAGACGAUACAGUGGAAAAUCCCCAGUCUCUCUCACAGAUCAGAAAAUGGAGGAGUAGGGGCUCUCCUGGGCCGGUUCCAGAUGACAGAGGGUCCCUGUAAACCCUCCCAGCUGGCCGUGCAGUUCAGCAGUGAGGGCUGCACUCUGUCGGGCUGCGACAUCCAGCUGCUAGGGACGGGCUACCGGCUCUCGCUGAUCAAGAAGAGAUUUGCUGCAGGUCAGUUUGAGCAUCCAGCAUUUAUGUGACCUCUUUAGGGCAGCAUUCUGUUCAGCCUG